CGGUGACGUCGCCCGCGCUCCCGAACUCCAUUGGCCGAAAGGGGCGGAGGCACCAAUGGGGACGCGGAGAGGAGCCUGGGGUGUCCGCGGAGUGGAGGGGCGCCGAGCGGUGCGAUGGCUCCGAGCGAGGUGGUGGUGCUGGGGCUGCUGCUGGGCGCCCUGGGCAUGGUGGCGUGUGGGUCGCACUCUAUGCGCUACUUCAAGACCAGGAUGACGGAUCCCGGCCCCGGGAUGCCGCAGUUCGUGAUCGUCGGGUACGUGGAUGGCGAACUCUUCGGGAAGUACGACAGUAACAGCCGAUGGGUGCACCCCAUCGCAGAGAUGCUGCCGCAGGAGGACCGGGAGCACUGGGACACACAGACCCAGAAGGCGCGCGACGUUGAGCUGGUUUUCUGCGGGUUCCUGGGCAGGCUGCAGGUGCACUACAACAAAAGUGGAGGGUCUCACACGCUGCAGAAGAUGUUUGGCUGUGACAUCCUGGAGGACGGCAGCAUCCGAGGGUACGAUCAGUAUGCAUUUGAUGGGAGGGACUUCCUCGCCUUUGAUAUGGACACAAUGACGUUCACUGCGGCAGACCCAGUGGCAGAAAUCACCAAGAGGAGAUGGGAGGAGGAAGGGACGUAUGCUGAGAGAUGGAAGCAUGAGCUGGGGACUGUCUGCGUUCAGAACUUGAGGAGAUACCUGGAGCAUGGGAAGGCAGCACUGAAAAGGAGAGAGCGGCCCAAGGUGCGAGUGUGGGGGAAGGAGACCGACGGGAUCCUGACUUUAUCCUGCCGCGCUUAUGGCUUCUACCCGCGGCCCAUCGCCAUCAGCUGGAUGAAGGACGGCAUGGUUCGGGACCAGGAGACCCACUGGGGGGGCAUCAUGCCCAAUAGGGAUGGCACCUACUAUGCCUCGGCUGUCAUCAAUGUGCUGCCAGAGGAUGGGGACAAGUACCAGUGCCGUGUGGAGCAUGCCAGCCUGCCCCAGCCCGGCCUCUUUUUGUGGGAACCGCUGCCCAACCUGAUCCCCAUUGUGGCCGGGGCGGUCGUUGCCAUUGUGGCUGUCAUCGCUGCUGUCGUUGGAUUGGUGGUGUGGAAGAGCAAGUCAGGGUAGGAGAAGAAGGGUUAUGAAGCAGCGCCAGGCCACGAUGGGGUAUCCAGUGGCUCGGCCACAGGUAUAGUGUGGAAUGGGCUCAGGAGGGAUCUCUGUGGUUGGAGUGGUCCCACUUCCCUGUUGGACUCACGUCCGGGACAAUACUGGGUCCAGCACUCCCUGGAGAACCCCCAGGGUGGUGAGUCGGGACAGGGACGUGGCCCACAUGAUACCAUCUCUUCUCACCCCCACAGGAAGUGAACUUUCCAUCUGAGUGCUGUGCUACUUCAGCCAGCCCUGCAUGCAUGUGUUUGGAGUUUGUGGGUGUGUGUAUCUGUGUUUGCUCAACUUCCUGCAUCUCCUCGGGCUGACGCAGUGUGUGCUCCCCUGCUCACACACUGUUUCCAACAGUUAGCACAUGGGUUCUGCCCUGUGCUAGGCGCUCUCCUACCAUGUAGGAUUAUCUUACCUGGUGCCUGUGCCAAUUGUACCCAGGUCGGAAUGCCCCAGUCUCAACUUUGUUCAGCUGCUUUCUUUGUGAAAAGCAGCUCUCAGCGCUGUGCUCAUUGUAGUCAGCCAUUAGCUUCAAAACCUUGUUGGGCAGCUCAUGCCUUGUAUGGAUGCUGCUGACCAGGCUUUGAGCCAAGCUGGCAUGGUUUUGUAAUUUUGCCAUUGGUAUUCCACAUCAUAGCAUCAUGGACAGCCCGGGUAAUUACAGGGUUAAUAGUCCGGUUCUGUGGACUGACAACGAUCCAGAUACCUGCUUCUCGAAAGAGAAGAAGAACUGUGUAUCCCAGAGGACCUCACGGUCAGAGAGGGAAGAUACGGCACUGAAAUCACGGGAUAUGAGUUCCGUGAUCAGGCUCACACUCUCUCUCCGGCAGCCACGCAGAGUGCUGGGUGUGCUUCCGAGCUGUGCACCUUCAUUCAAGCAGACCUUUCGGUUUUGGAAGCUUUCUCUUAUUUUAUAUUAUUUAUAACCCGUACUUUCAAUUCGAUUGUAUUAUAUUGUGUUAUCUUGCAUUCCAAUAUCACGGUUAGUAAAAUAAGUUUUCCACCUUA